UGGUUGCAGGGGUUUCAAUAGCGAGGAGGUUCUUGUAUAGACUUCGAAAAUUUUAUUUUUCAACUUAGGUGUCUAAUAAAGUGUGCUGAUAAAGUAGAAUUGAUCUCAUAAAUUGCGAAUUGGCGACUCUUAUCAAAAGAAUGCUGAAAUGUUGCAAAUAAAGACAUUAAGUUUAAAACUACAGCUCUUGCUGUUUUCAUUGGCGCUAGUGAGCUUCUCGUAUGGCGCCGAGUUACCGUCCUCCCCAAACCCCUCUGAGUCCUCCAUAAUAGCUAACGGUACGGAAAUUUUGAAACCCCUAAGUAGUGGCAAUCGAAUGGAAAGCUUGAGAAGCGAAAAUGUGGAGGAAAAUGUGGAUAACGAUUAUGACGAGGAGCAGGAUGACGAUGAUGACGACGAUGACGAUGAAACCACAGUAGAAAGACCGAGGCACUCACGCAAAAGGCUCAUUAGUAUAAUAAAACGGGUGGGCACAACAUAUACUUGGGAUCGCUGGGAAAAGUGGACUAAAUGCAGCAAUUCCUGUGUGCAAAUUCGUCGCAGAAAAUGUAUUGAACGCAAACUAAAUUCACUUGAUGCUGCUCCAAUUGAUCGAGAAUUCUAUCCAGAACCCAAUGGCCCCACCGGCUGUCGAGGUAUUAUAACACGUUUUCGCCUUUGCAAGGACGAAAAGUGUAAGGCGAAUAAAAAGCGGCAACGCGAUGAGCAAUGCGCCGCCUUCAAUAGAAUACCAUAUAAAGACAAGUUCUACAAUUGGUUGGGUUACGAGAAAGAACACAACGAGUGUGAGCUGUUUUGUCGUCCAAGUGGUUCGGACGUAUUCGUGAGCAUGAAUCAAUCGGUCACUGAUGGAACCACCUGUGGCAGACCGGCAGUAUAUUACACACACUAUUAUCGACGUAAGGCCGUGUGUGUGGAGGGUAUUUGUCGGAUCAAAAAAGUUAAGCUUCUUUGAGAAUUUGGAUUAAACAGAAACAUAGUGGAUUGUUUAAUUGCUCAAAAAUUAAAAUUACUCAUACGCCCUGUCAUCAUAAUUUUGAUAUCUCAUCCUAAGGAUAGGGUCCGUAUAAUUGCUAUGAAUAAAUAUUUUAAAUGCGUACGAAUGCAAGAGAUUUUACUAUUUUUUUGCUUUUUGUAGCUGUUGGAGUGAAAGUAAUUGAUAAACCAUAAAUUCGAAAGAGCUGAGUUGCUUAUAGAAGUGUUUAAGAACGUUUCAAAUGCAAGCGAAAUAAUGAAUGUCAUCUUUAAGGAUAAUUGAGAAUUUUAAGAACAAAAUUUUACUACUGAUUGUAUUUUCCUUGACAUCUUUCACAAGAGCGCGCUCUUCAAAGUGCUUUUCCCACAACAAGUUCGAUAUUAAUACCCUCCAUACAGCACUUGAGUUGCUCUAUUUAAUUACUGUUUAGUUGAACUCAGAAAUUUAUGAACAUUUAGCUCACAGCUGCGUGUCUUAGAAUUUGUAAUUGAAAACUAAAAUAAAAUAAAUUGCCUAUAUGACUUUGCUGCCACCAUGAGUAUUCACUUUCAUUUACUUUCAAUUAGAAAUGCUGACUUCUGUCUAAAAACGCUCCAACUGCGGAGCAAUCAAAGAAAUUUCGUAUCUCGCAUAGUUCAUGGCACCUUUCAGCGCAUGUAAGCACAUAUUUUUGAAUAUUUGGUUGUUGUUAGUUAGAAGGAAAGCUUUUCGCCGGUUGGCCCACAGCCAAAUUGACUUUUACUCUUAACACAAAAUAUACAUGACCGAUAAGUGGAUCAAACACGCUGAAAGCAGUACAAACAGACAUAAUAGUACUCAUAUAGCUAUCGCUAACAUACGUUUGGCAAAAUGCUUCCUGACCAACGUGCAACGAACGAUUGAAAUCAAUCAAAAUUCUAUUGACAGCUCGAAUGGACAUAUGGCUGGGCGAUCGGUGAUAGACGAUCUGGUAUGCGUUGAACGUGGACUGGCAUUUCGGCUAAAUAUUUUUGCAGCGGCAUAAACUAUAAGUGUCUGUGGACUAUUUUUUGUUUUGCGAUAUACUCGUAUGUAUCAUACAUAUAAAGUAAUGUAUGUGGUAGUGUUUGUGAGACCACUCUAUUGUCUCUUGUUGAUUGACUUAUCACAAGCAACGCAUAUGAAACGUAGCAGUGUAAUAUUUGUAAACUUGUAAAUUUUGCUUUUUUCAUCAUCACUCAGUGGAUUGAGCUUGAACAUUUCAAAAGCGAAAGGUGACUGCACACAACUAUUUGUCAGCGCUGUCAAAACAAAAUUUGAUACUUAAAUACAUGUUGUACGAGCUACUUACGUACACUUGUAAGUAUACAGUAGUCUACAUAUAUGUAAGUAUGUCUAUUAUAUUGCAUUCGUCGUAGCAUUCACCAUUUCAGAUAUUUUGACGGCCAAUAUUUGUGAUACCACCAAUUUAUGACAAAAUAUAUUUCUGUCACAUUUCACUUUGGCCGAAAGGCAGCGCGCGCUCAAAACGGUAACAAAAGAAGAGUCCCUGUGAGAAAAAAACGACAACAGAUGUGAAGCAAAUAUAUUUUCAUAUUUCGAAUUUUCAUUUUAAAAAGUCUUGAUAAAAUUGAAUUAAAAGUAAAAAUUUUGAAAGAUUGCAUAAUAAAUAUUUUAUUAGGUCUACAACUUUGCUACUGCCGUUUUCCAAUAGAUGUCUUUAGGGUCAAGCUCUGGUCGAUUAAAUCGAUUAAAUCGUUUUAUAUCGAUCUUGGACAUUUGUGCCAACAUUAAACCAAAAAAAUAUUUGUAGAGAUCUGUUUGCAUCCCAAACUUAUUCUCAACUGAAAAAAUGUCACUUUUUGAGCCGAAUUCUCGACAUUUGUGGGAAUGUCGAUUAAAUCGAUUAAAUCGUUUUAUAUCGAUCUUGGACAUUUGUGCCAAUAUUAACGCAACAAAAUAUCUGUAGAGAUCUGUUUGCAUCCCAAACUUAUUCUCAACUGAAAAAAUGUCACUUUUUGAGGCGAUUGAAUAACAUUUUUGUAACCGUUUUUAUACAGAAAAAGCCUUAAAUUUACAAAAAAACGGCGGAAGCAAAGUUGUAGACUUAAUAAUAUUUUAACAAUAUCAAUUAAUAGUUACAAUUCUUUACCCACUGGGUCCUUGAAAUCUCGCACCAUUUCAAUAGCAAACAUGAAAGCACACACGACCAUAAGCAUCAUUAGAAAAAAAAUGUCAUUGAUGAUCGUGACAUUAUUACAAACAAUCGCUGACAGCAAUGCCAUGACAUGCCUGUUGUUGUGUGACAGCUGUAAAGCUUUUGAUGUCUUCAUCUUUUGAAUUUCUUCUUCUUUUUUUUUGCUUUUGCUCGCUGCACUAAUUAUGUGAUUGUUGUCAUGUUGUUGUUGACGAUGAUAAUGCAUAUUCGCACUAAUCAUUUAAUGACCUCUUAAAUAUUUUGUAACACACACUUUUUUCACAAAAAUUUCGUUUUUUUCACUUUUUUGUGGUUUUCUUCAAUUAAUUGUGUGGGCGUCGAAAUUUAUUGGCGAAGUGGUUUUUAUGUUGUGAGAAUUUUUUUAUUCGACAUUUACUCCAUUAAUUUGUGGGCUAAUUGUUCGUAAUUAAGUGUGAAAUGUGUUAGCGCAUGCUUUUCUCGGAAAUUUAUGCCCGCUUUGAUGGAUGUACUACUAAGUUGUACUAAUAAAAUUUAUUAAACGACUUAAAUUGUUUUUUUUUUUCUUUUUCAAAUGCGUUGGAAUAAAUCUGUUUUCGAACAAGUGGAGAAGUGCGAAACUGCACAAAUGCAUUAUAUUGUAUUCUUAAAUAUUCUCCAGUACCAAACCAAAACUUGAGCUAGAUGGGGUAGUUAUGAAAAACAGUGCAUUGUAUUCUGCUAUCCACAUUUCGAUGAAUUAAAACUCGUUUUGCUUUGCAGAUUUUGGACUAAUUUUAAUAGAUUACCAGAGUACAUUAGUACUUUGUGCUAGGUUACUGUUCAUAGUAUUGGUCUACAACUUUGCUUCCGCCGUUUUUUUUGUAAAUUUAAGGCUUUUUUCACUUAGGAAAGAAAGCAUUUCGAUGAGCCUCAGCCGCACUUUUCUUGGAAUUAAAAAAGAAAAGCAAAAUUUCCCGCAAAUGUCAAAAAUUCGGCUCAAAAAAUGACAUUUUCAGAUGAGAAUAAGUUUGGGAUGCAAACAGAUCUCUACAAAUAUUUGGUUGGGUUAAUGUUGACACAAAUGUCCAAGAUCGAUAUAAAAAAAAUCGAUUUAAUCGACCAGUGCUUGAACCUAUUGGACAUCUAUUGGAAAACGGCGGAAGCAAAUUUGCAAAAUUGACGGUACAGUGAGUGUAAUGAAUAACCUUGUGAAGAAGCUUUGGUUGCAUGAAUUGGAACAAUUUGAAGAAAACAUUGAGACUUAAGGCGUUAAACGGGUCUAGAACACUCAUAAAAAGCGAAAAAUGACAAUUUAUUCUGGUAAAAAAGGAAUCUAACUUCACUGAUUCAGGUUUUAUUAAAUUUUAAAAUAUUUUGAUAUAAAAUCGGGCCUACUAGAACAAUCUCCGAAAUAAUACUUUUCAAAAGGGCUUUCGAGUUUUGCAUUUUCUAGAGAAACUGUAUGACCUGAAUGCUUCGGCACCAAAACGGUUUGAACAGGUAUUUUGUCUACUAAUCUACCAACUGAAUGAUAGUUUUGGGACCCUCAAGUGUACUUUAAGUAAAAAAAAUCGAUUUUUCGAAAAUUCUAGGCUGGCGUAACCCUUUACCUUGUGGAAAUGGAUGGGUGGAUUUUGAAAAUUAUUAAUUUUUAAUUUUUAAGGAAAAAACGAAUUAUUUCCUCCGAUUCCUCUUAGAUAGGUCAUAUAUACUACAUAUUGUUCAAUUUUAAGACUAAAACUCCAAUGAGAAAUUUUGGAAAAUUACUUAACUUAAAAUGUAUAAAAAAUUCGACUGCGAAUGUUUUAAUUUUCUAUGCUAAUGUGUUUUUAAUACCCCCAUAAAGCCAUUAAGUAUCUGUAUGUAUGUAUAUGUCAGUGAUGUUGCAACAAAAUACUGAAGAUGCUCUUACUCUAAGAACUACAGCUGUCAACAAUAAAAGCAAAUAUUCGAGUGUAAAUGUAGAUGUAUAUGUAUGCAUGUAUGUUGCCCCAAUGUAAUCUGAGUUGUAAGUUCACUUGCACUUUGACAUAAUACAAUUUAUGAGCAAUAAUAGCGAUAUUCAGCGUCAAUACUUAAAAGAUACUUAGAACUCUUCGACGGUAUUGAACUGCACUCUUGGGCAGAUAUUGAGUUAAAUACGAAAAAAAAUUGAAAAAAAUUAGUAAAGAAUUUCAAAAUUUCAAUAUCAGUGAACUGUGCGAUGUGCGCAUCAAUGUGGCAUGCUUUUCUGGGCUAAUUAACAAGUGAUAAUUGGGUCAGACCGAUUUGCUGAUAGGCGGUGGCUUUGCAACAAGUGCCAUGGAGUGCCCUAUAAUGGGGUCACAAGUGGUUGUUGGUGAUUUGUUGCUGUUUGGAUGUAGUGAUGAACUCAAGUGCAUAUCUAUUGCUACAACACCACACUUGCCAAUGUUCAAACGUUUUUAUUGCCUACAAAUUGAAUGAUAUUUCGGCACUUCACGCUUGAGAUUAGAAGUAACAAAAGCACUUCGGCUCAAGUGCACCACUGAGUUGUGGACAACGCCAAAUAUAGGAAGUAGAUAUUUCCUUACAUUUUUUCAUAUUAGAAUCUCUUUGCUCAGGUCUAUGAAAAUAUGCUGAACUGCUGGAAAAUAUACAAAUUUACCUCAUGGCAUUGCCACCAAAGCGAUACUUAAUUGAAAUGUUAACGUAAAUAACUGUAUACGCGUUGCCUAUAAAAGUCGAAAGCUCCAUGCACAAUGAUUUCUUCGGUGGAUGUGUAGCAAUUCAUAAAUUGCCGACUGCUUGUGACAUGACAGUCGCGCUUGGCGCUGGCAGUACACCUACCUAUUAGAAGAACGUGUCUGUUUGUAUGUAAGCCAGUGUGCCCAGCUCUGCCAGCCGGCGCUAAAAAGCGAGAAUGGUUUAAUUAAGAUUUAUGCGAUUUGGCAAGCAUUGGCGCUCAGCAACGCAACGUCUGUUUUUUUUCUUUUCGGUUUUUGCAUAACUGAAAGCAAUUGAAAUACAUAUUCAUAUAUUCGAAUGCGAAUCGAUGAAAUGCUUAAAAGCAUACCGCAACGCCGUCCAUAUCAGCGAGUUACUGCCUCAGCGCUGGCGUGUGUGUGGUCCACACACCGGCCUAUGUGGACUUGGCAAAGAAUUUGGGGAAGUAGGCGCAUUUUAGUGAUCACUGGUGAAUGCGGUGUGUGUGGUGUGUUGAAGGCGUUCACUGCUGGCUGUUGCCAACUGCGGUUGGUUGGUUGGUUGUUAGGCGGCCUAAGUGAGUUUCUGCAUUGUUUUUUGUGCGAAUAGUUAAUUCAUUUCCAACAGAUUGCUUAGCGUAAUUAAUUGCCACCAUAUGCCACAAGCAUGCCAUGUUCUCACUUACUACGUACGCGUAUAAAAAUAAUCGCAUUUCGUAGGCCAAUGUUGGAACAUGAAAAAAUAAUUAUGCUAUUUGGGUCAGUCUCGAUAAGUUAAUUGAACCUUUGGUUAUAUUCACUAAAUGGGUAUAUAUUUAUAGAUUAGCUAUAUACAUUGCAUUUGAAAAAAAAAAAUUAAUGAAAAUUUAUUUUCCAAUAGUUUUAGGAAUUUAUUAAAAUAAUCAUAAUUUAUUAUGCUUUCAUGUGUAUAGAAAUUCCAUGCAAACAACUCAAGCAAUCUUAACUUUGACAUAGAAGAGGAAUGUACAAUAGAUAUAGAAUUUCACUGUGACAUGAAGAGCCAUGAUUUCCAAGUUUCUUCUAAAUGAGUUUUUUAAAGCUUCAAUCAUUUAAAUCAUGUAAUUGAUUUCAUAUAUUAGGUCUACAACUUUGCUUCCGCCGUUUUUUUCUAAAUUUAUUUUUUUGGUAUAACAUCGGUUACAAAUGUCGAUGAGCCUCAGCCGCAGUUUUCUUGGAAUUAAAAAAGCAAAAUUUCCCGCAAAUGUCGAGACUUCGGCACAAAAUGUGACAUUUAUUUUGAGAAUAAGUUUGGAAUGCAAACCGAUCUCUACAAAUAUUUUAUUGGGUUAAUGUUAACACAAAUGUCCAAUAUCGAUAUAAAACGAUUUUAUCGAUUUAAUCAACCAGUGUUUGACCCUAGAGACAUUCCCGCAAACGUCGAGAAUUCGGCUCAAAAAGUGACAUUUUCAGUUGAGAAUAAGUUUGGUAUGAAAACAGAUCUCGAUUUAAUCGACCAGUGCUUGACCCUAGAGACAUCUAUUGGAAAACGGUUAAUCAUAUGUUCUAUAUGUUGUGCCAGUCUUUAGUUCCAAACUGAUCUUGUUUGGAUCUCUAUCCAUGAAUCUAGCGUUGAAACGAAUCAUAACACACAUCAAAAAGAAAAUGUGCUGAGUCUAUCCAACAGAGUGGUUAGGCUCUCAACACCUAGGUAAUAGGUAUACUCGUAUAUUUCUAAUGCUAUCCAAUUGUUGAACAUCUCUAGCAGAGGUGGAUUUGGGUGAAUACUUGUACUCGUAUGAACAAUUUUAUUCAAACUUCACUUAAAUAUCAAUUGGGAUAUACCAUCCUUUCUAAAAGAACACUUUGAUAAAAACUUUUGGCUCCAGUUCAGUCAUUAUUGAUU